AUGAUGGCCCUUUCAAUCUCCUGCUUUGGUCUUGUCACCCUCUUCAUGAGCCUGGCAACAGCCCAGCGCCAGAUCGGACCUGCCGAGAACCACCCGCCUCUCACAACAUGGCGCUGCACCAAGGCCGGGGGAUGCACCGAAGUUAACAACUUCAUCGUCCUCGACUCUCUCGCGCAUAACGUGUACCAGGCCAACGGCGGAGGAAGUUGCGGCUCCUGGGGCAGCCCGCCCAACGAGACAGCAUGCCCAACCAAGGAGGCCUGCGCCGAGAACUGUGUUCAGGAGGGCCUCGACGACUACAGCCGCGUCGGCGUCACGACGGACGGCAGCGCCAUAACCAUGUAUCAGCUCAAGGACGGCGUGCAGGUGUCUCCACGCGUCUAUCUUCUUGACCCGUCCAAGGAGCAGUACGAGAUGAUGCACCUGACAGGCAAGGAAUUCGCCUUUGACGUCGACGUCUCGAAGCUGCCCUGUGGCAUGAACAGCGCCCUGUACACCUCGGAGAUGGAAGCCAACGGCGGGAAGAGCGCACUCAAUACCGGUGGCGCCCGUCAUGGCACGGGUUACUGCGAUGCCCAGUGCUACACUACGCCGUUCAUCAACGGCGAAGCCAACAUCGAAGGCUACGGCGCAUGCUGCAAUGAGAUGGACAUCUGGGAGGCAAACUCGCGUUCUGCUCACCUGGCGCCGCACCCGUGCAACCAGACAGGUGUCUAUCUCUGCGAGGGUGAAGACUGCGCCUUCGAAGGCGUCUGCGACAAGAACGGUUGCGCGUGGAAUCCGUAUCGCGUCAACCAAGACGACUACUACGGCCGCGGCCCGGAAUUCGACGUCGACACAACGCGCCCCUUCACCGUCAUCACGCAGUUUCCCGCCAACAAGGCCGGCGUCCUCACCGAGAUCCACCGCCUGUACAUCCAGGACGGACACCUGAUCCGCAGCGAAGUCGUCAACAACCCGGAUCUGCCGCAGGUCAACUACCUCAACGACGAGUUCUGCGCGGCGACCGGCUCGCGGCGGUUCGUGGAUCUGGGCGCACACCGGGAGAUGGGCGAGUCGUUCGACCGCGGCGUGGUCCUCGCGUUUAGCAUAUGGUGGGAUGCCGGCGGUGGAAUGAGUUGGCUAGACGGCGCUCCGGACGCCGGGCCUUGCGACGAGACGGAAGGGUUCCCGGAGAAUGUCGUCAAGGUCGAGCCGAACCCGGUUGUGACGUUCAGCAACAUCAAAUGGGGCGAACUUGGGUCUACGUUCAAGCCUCAGUGUAAGAACAAGCCUCGGAAUGUGUACUGGACGCGUCGCGUAAAGUGGUCGGUGGUUUCUGCCACCGAUGGUUCGGUUGCCCCGCGGUCCCAGCUCCGUACAUGGACUGGCUGCGAACACCUUCUCGCACCUACACCGUCACCCUCGGGAUGCCUUCAAGCAUUUGCGGGUCAUUCCACAGAAGCUGACAAAAUGGAGGCGGUCACUGUGCGUCACUUUUUUCACCAUGGCGCUCCUAAGCCUGAUGCCAACAAGACACCGCUAAGGUCUGACCGGAUUGCAUUGCAGGCCAUCGAAAAAGAAAAGGCGGAUUGUCAAUGGUGCCAGAUACGAGCGUUCCCGAACCACAAACAGUACCCAAUCACAAUCGUGAACGAAGUAGAUGACGAAGUCAUCCCGCCCACCUUUCGAUUCCUCCAGCACUCGAAGCUCGGUCACGGCGUCCAGGCCGCAGAGGAUAGUUUCCGAAGUGGAUGUGAAUGUGAAGACGAGGAUGAAUGCCAGUACAAGGGCUGCCUCUGCCUGCAGGAGCAGGAGGAUGGCUCCGAAGACGAGGGCGAAGCGAGGAAGAAGGCGUACAUGUACCAUAUGCACGGCGCCAAGGCCGGUUUGCUGCGGUCAAAGUUCCUGAGCUCGACGCGACCCAUCUACGAAUGUCACCAAGGCUGCGCGUGCGACGUCAGUUGUCCCAACCGGGUGGUGGAGAGAGGUCGACAGAUCCCUCUCCAGAUCUUUCGGACGGAGAGAACGGGCUGGGGUGUCCGAUCGUUGGUUGACAUCAGAAGGGGGCAGUUCGUCGAUAACUACAUUGGCGAAAUCAUCACACCGGAGGAAGCCCAGCGCCGCCGCAAUACAUCCAACAUUGCGCAGCAAAAGGACGUCUACCUUUUCGCACUCGACAAGUUCACCGAUGAAAACUCCCCCGAUAUGCGCCUGCAAGGUCCCCCACUCGAAAUUGACGGCGAAUUCAUGUCCGGUCCGACACGGUUUAUUAACCACUCCUGCAACCCGAAUCUGCGGAUCUUUGCGCGGGUAGGAGAUCAUGCCGACAAGCAUAUCCAUGAUCUCGCCUUCUUUGCGCUGCGUGACAUUCCCCGCGGAGAGCAGCUCACGUUCGACUACGUCGAUGGUGUGAGUGAGGACGCUGCGGAUGCGAAGGACAAGAGCAAGCAAGGCGAAAUGGUUCCGUGUCUCUGCGGCAGCAAGAAUUGCCGCGAGUUUCUGUGGUAG